AUGUUUGCUUCUUUAAAUCAAUGGAAAAGAGUUGAAAAUGUCCCUCCAAUUGCGGAUGAAAUUUGCCAUUACGCAGUUCAAAAUGCUAACCAAUAGAAUAAAAUCGGAAAUGGAGAAUAAAAUAUCGUAAUAUUUUUGGAUUUGAAGGAACUUGGGUUCGAUAAAAAAAAAGCAGUAAUCAUUAAAAUGUCAUAAAUUAUUGGAGAAUUCAUGAAAAAAAAUUUCAAAAAAUAUUCAGUUUACUUAAAUACUAAUAAUAUGUAUUUGAAAUACAAAGAGUAGUUAUUGAGUAAGGAUUGCAAAUUUAGUGAUUAUAAUUUCGUAAGUAAUGAAAUAGUAUAUUUCACAUAAUUAAAUCAAGAAUAAAUUGAAAAAAGGAAUCCAAAAUGUUUUUAACUUUUGAUAUCUUUGUUAAAUCCCUUUUAGCAAAAACCCUUGUACUGCAAGUAUGUGGUUGGGAUACUACUAUCUAUGAUGUUAAGCUAAAAAUAUAGGAUAAGGAAGGAUAUAAUCCGAAUCAAAUUGUACUCCUUAGAAUGGGGAAUCGUCUAGAAGAAAAAAAAACUUUAGUUGAUUAUAACAUAAUAAAAGAGACUACUUUGUAUAUACAAUUAAGACCAAGAGGUGGUUGUUUUCCUGGAAAUGCUCCAAUAAAACUUUUUGAUGGAAGAACAAAAAUAAUAAAUUAGAUUGAGUUAGGUGAUAUUGUUAUGUGUUAUGAUUUUGAAUAAAAAGAGUUCAAGUAGUCAAAGGUGCUAUUUAAGAAAAUCUCAUCUGAAAAAUAAUAAUUAAUAGAAAUCAUAUGUGAAAAUGGAAGAAUUGUUUGUACACCAAAUCAUCCUGUUUAUACUUACACAGGAUGGAAAGCAUAGAACCACAUCCAAAUUUUUGUAUUGAAAAGUUAAGUGCUACUGAUCUUAUAUUUGAUUCUAAUGAAAGGUUUAUUAAUAUUACAACUGAAUAUCCAAAUAACUUCAUUGCCUUUGACUUUUUAGUUCAUAAUCUGAAUAAAAUACGAGUUGAAAUUUAUGAAAAUAGAGAAGAAUUUGAAGUAAUGCCAGGUUUUUUAGUCUAAAACUUAAAAGUCAUUAUUGAAAAGAAAAAAGGAAUACCUGUGAAAAAUUAAUAAUUAUAUUUUAAAGGAAUUUUAAUGAAUGAUCAUUUUUCGUUAGAAGAUUAGAAUCUAUAACUUAAUGAAUCUGAACCAGAUUUCUUAAUAUUAAAAGUAAUAAAUGAUUUUCAAGGAUAUUAAUAAGCAUUUGAUAACAAUUUCAAUAAUAACAAGAAUAUUUCAAUAAUAACACAUAAUUAGUAAUAUGAAUUAUCAUUUAAGAAGAAUGAUAAAAUAGGAAAAAUAAAAGAACUAUUAUAGACUUUAGAAUCUAAAAGAGUAAAUAGAAAGAUCAUUCAUAUUAUGUAAUGGAAAACCAUUACAGUCUAAAAAUAUGGACGAAAAUAUUGAUAUAUUAAAAAGAAAUUCAGUUUUUAAAUGGAUUGAGUAAUUUUUGAUUUAAUAAAGACUUAUUCUACAGAGAAAUAUUAGACUAAAUGAUUGAUUUUCUGUUGAUUUUAGCAUAAAUUAAUGCAUAAAAGAAUAUAAUUUUUAAUUUUAUUUUCAAAAUUUCCAAUUAUCUUUGAUUUUGCAAUAAUUUUUUAGUAAUAAGUCAUUAUGUAAUAAUAAAAUCAUAUAAUUAAUAAACAAAUAUUUUUAUUUUUUUAAACACUACAGUAGAUCUAAUCAACGUUGAAAGUAUAUUUUUGAUUGAUCAACAAUCUGGAGGAGUCUCAAUUAGAUUCACUUUAGAGAUAAAUGAUCAGUAGUUGGAGAAUGUAUCUUAACUUAAAGAUUCCUUGUAAUGGUUACGAAUUUAAUAAAUUAAUAAAGAAAAUUAAAUUAUUAAUAAAUCCAUCUUCAUUGUAUAAUUGCAGUUAGACUAUAUACAAGUAACUUAAUUUAUAGAAAAUUAAAUAAUGAUUUAAGAAUAUCUGAUUAUUCAAGUUGGAAGGAGUACUUAAGAUAUUUAAUAGAAGGAUUAAGAUAUAUGAAAUAUUAUAAAGGAGUUGCAUAUCGUGGAAUUAGGGAUUAUUAAAAUACUUCAAUAUAUCGAAAGGGAAAGGUUGUUUAAUGGAGUGAAGUUACCAGUAUUUCAUUAGAUUAAAACAUUGCAUAAUAUUUUAGUAAUAAUAAAGGAAUGAUAUUUAGUAUUUAACUCAUCAGUGCCAAAAACAUCUCCAAUAUCUCAAUUUAUGAAGGAGAAUAAGAAUUAAUAAUGUAUCCUUUUUCAACCUAUGUUGUUGAUGAAGUUGAGGUGAAACAAAAUUAACCAUAUAUUAUAAAAAUGAGAGAAUUUCCAUUACCAAGAUCACAUCAUGUGUUAUUAUGGGUGGAUGACAAUCCUGAAAACAAUUAUAACUAUGCUUAAGAAAUAGAAAUAUAACAUAAUAAAGUUUCAGUUAUAUUUUGUACAUCAACCAAAGAUGCAAUAUUAAUAAUCUAAAAAUAUAAAUGGAUGAUAUAUUUAUCGGAAUCUUAGUUUAGAGUUAUUAGUGAUAUGGUAAGAAUAGAAGAUGGUUAACCGAAUUAGAAUACAGGAAUAGAACUAUUGUGUCAUUUAUAUUAAUAAAUGAAAUACAAAAAUAUAACUCUCAUUUUUUGUGGAAAUCAAUACAGAGCAGAAGAAGAGUGCAAAAGUAGAAAUAUUAAAGAAAAUUUUGAAAUUACUAAUAAUCAAAAUGUGUUGGAGAAGUUUUCUUCAAUUUGA